AUUUAGCAGACGACAGAAGAAGCGAACUAUUGCUCGCACCCUAACUCGACUACUCUGCAGCGCACCAAGGAAUCGGAUGGGCCAGUAGUUUCACCUUCCCCAAAGUAAGGAUAAAAGUUUUCUUGAUUGUAAUAUCUGUCUGCUUGUUAAGGAUUAUAAUUCCCAACAUUGUUAAGGUUAUAAAAAGUAUAGCUCAUUCGUCGAAUGCUGGAUGUGGAAAUUACUGAUCACGGGCUUACAAAAAGACACCUGUCGACAUGACAAUAAAACGCCUUUGUAAUGAAAUGUUUGUCAUUGUAUGCUUUCUUCCCUCCAAUAAAUGAAAAUGCUCUUACAAUAUAAGCCAAGACUGAAUUCUUGAUCACCCUCUAUUUAUUGGAUUUGUAUCAUCUAACAACGACAUGGAAUUUACCUUCAGAGUAUAUCGAUGGAUAAAUCUGAGUUUAAUUGCUUCGAUCACGAUAUGUUCUUUGAUCUCGACAUCAAGUGGGGUGUCGAGGAGCGAUAGGGAAGUUCUUCGUAUGGAUGGAGAUUUGAUAAUUGGAACUUUGUUUUCGGUUCACGCUCCACCACCUACCGAGGUGGAAGCUACAGCACGACAGUGUGGUAGGGUACGGGAACAGUAUGGGAUCCAUCGAGUUGAAGUCAUGCUUCAUACCUUAGAGAAGAUCAACAAAGACCCGGCAAUCCUUCCUGAAGUGACUUUAGGCUGUGAGAUCAGAGAUUCUUGUUGGUAUUCAUCCGUAGCCCUUGAGCAGAGUCUUCAAUUUAUAAGUGAUAAUCUAGAGUCUGAGAGGUCGAGUAAGAAAGCUACCAAUCCAGAAUGCAGUGGGUCUCAAGAUGUCUCUAGGAAACAAAUCACAGCAGUGAUAGGACCAGGAUCUAGUGAAGUAGCGAUCCAGGUCCAAAAUCUACUUCAGCUCUUCAAUAUACCACAGGUAGCCUACUCUGCAACCAGUCGUGACCUCAGUGAUAAGACGCUCUACGAAUACUUCUUAAGAGUUUGUCCAUCUGAUACACUACAAGCACAAGCUAUGGUGGAUAUUGUACUGAGAUAUAACUGGACAUACGUUUCUGUGGUGCAUACAAUAGGUAAGUAAACAUUUUUUUUGCAAUCGUAAAUACCCUUCUUCUUUUAUUUCAAGAAAUCUUCUAAAAUAUUUCCCAAAAUAAUAUUCAACUCAUGCAACGCACAUCCCCAUUUAAUUACAUAAUUUUUUUUUCAUUAUUUCAAAUGUAUCA